GUACUACUAGUCGCGUCGAGUAACCGUGAGAGAAGAAACCGUGCAUUAGUUCGAAGGAAACAGUGUGUGCGCGUUGCUACUUCGACGUGCAACACCCAAUACGUGAAAAAAGUUUCUUCCGCUUGUCGUUGACCUGUACCCUUGGUGAUUCGAACUCGAGGUGAGAUCUCUCAACGUUUCGGCUAAUGUUCGAGAAGAAGCCAGCGGGUUGUGUUGCAUCGAUCGAUCUCGAACCCGAGGAACCUUUUCUGAAGCGGGGAAAGGUAAGAAGAGAUGGACAGGGAUAUACGAGCGAGCACGAGACGAAUACGAGGCUGCCCGUCGGAAUGGGAAAGGUCGAAGGUAGCGUUUUACGCCUGAGAUAGAUCGUAAGUCGAGCCGGAGGAAAGAAGAGUGAAAUAAAAUUUCGUCGAUUGGUGACAAACGCGUUAUCAACGUAAAGUCUUCGUUGAUCGAUGAUGUUCCUGGACGUAAAGCGUGACGGAUGAUCGGUGGUGAGUCAGUGACGACGAGACGUCGAAAAUAAUCGGUAGGAAAGAACGAUGCGUCUACCGAGGUACAAAUGAACGAUAUCGAUUCCGCGAGAGCGGCUCCGAUGGACGAGCAGGGAUGUUGACGAAGCAUUCGAUCGAAGAGAGGCCAACGAUUCGAUCGGUCUAAUCGAAGGAUCACUCCUUGGAAAAAUGUCCAACACGAGCGUCGAAUCCUCGUCGACUUUGGCGGAGACAACGGACGUUCGAGAGAUGAGGCAGAAUCAAUCGCGUCUCGAUCAGGAGACCGAGGAAUCGGAGAAACGCGAUCAGGAGAGAUGCGAGAACGCGGAGAGCGACUGCGAGAGCGAUACCAGCGAGGUGCUCAGCGUCGGCAGCGAGCCGACACCGGCGAGCGUCGUUGGUGUCAGAGUUUGCGGUGGAACGAAGUACGGCGAUCAAGAAUCAGCGAGUAGUCGUGGUGAAUUUCGGGAGGAAGAGAAUACGAGGAUAUCGGCGACCCCGUCGCCUUCCAGCUCGACGAGCUGCAACGACAGUUACUAUCAUCGAACUUCGAGCGGCGGUGGUGCACACGUUUCCGCGCCGAGUCCUCUGGCCUACAGUCAACCGCCGUCAUCGCCGACGGCCUCCUCGGUCAGGUCGCCGGCAUCUUCCUCGGCAACGGCCUCCUCUCCGGGCCGACCCGAGACUUCUGGACAGGAACCGAUACUCCCUAGGUAUCAGGUAACGGGAGGUCACCAACACCUCCUGCCUCGGUAUGCCUCCAGAGAAACCGAGAUUCCGGACUAUCCGACUCGCGUUCAGCACGGAUUAACUCACGAGAUAGUUUAUCCGAGCGUAGAGAGACUACACCGUACACCGAUAAGCGUUCCACUGGUAACCAGGCUGUCGUUGUCACCACCGUCGGCCAUGACCGUAUCCGGACUUCAAGCGACCACGCCGAUCCUUCAUCCGAGCGCGUGUAGAGACCCUCGAGAAACCGCCUCGCUGAUGCCCCAUCCCGGUCAGCAUCUCCAUCACGCCAGCACUCACGGUCACUUGCAUCAAACCUCUCAGGUACAACACGUGCCGGCAAACGCGUCGGUUCAUCAACAUCAACAUCAUCGACUCUCGGUAAAUAAGAUACUCCAAAGAGACGAGUCCUCAUCGCCGACGGCCAGUGCGAGACCCGAGGAGAACGGUCGUACCGUGGCAACCACGAACGGAGUUCAGAACAACGCGAACGGUAAUCAUCACAAUAACCACAACAACAACAACAACAACAACAACAACAAUCUCCAGCAUCAGGCGGGUCUUAAGUUUAGUAUAGACAACAUAUUGAAAGCGGAUUUUGGUAGGAGGAUCACCGAUCCGAUUUCAUUGAAGAAAUCCAGACCUAAGAAAGCUUCGUCGAGACCUAUAGAUCUCACGAAAGACUUUUUGGAAUCGUCUUCCGAAGGAUCCGAAAGGAGUAACUUGGAAACAGUUACGACGAACGCGGCAUCGCCGACCGGCGUUCCCGCAGUUGUCCCUACGAGCAAUCAAACUUCCAACGCACCUGGACCACCUUCCUCCGACCCAGGGAAACAAAUGCUCUGGCCAGCCUGGGUCUACUGCACGAGAUACUCCGACAGGCCAUCCUCCGGACGAAAACCGUCACGUGUGAUUUCAGGUCCACGUACGCGGAGAGUGAAGAGGACAGGUGAUUCACGUGGAAGCGGUACUACGCCCGAGGAGAAACGACCUAGAACGGCUUUCAGUGGCGAACAAUUGGCAAGAUUGAAACGAGAAUUCGCAGAGAAUCGUUACCUGACCGAACGUCGUAGGCAACAGCUCUCGAGGGAUUUAGGAUUGAACGAGGCGCAAAUAAAAAUUUGGUUCCAGAAUAAAAGGGCAAAGAUUAAAAAGGCCAGCGGACAGAAAAAUCCAUUGGCGUUGCAGCUUAUGGCCCAGGGAUUGUACAAUCAUUCGACCGUGCCGUUAACGAAGGAGGAAGAGGAACAGGCAGCCGAGCUACAAGCGAAAUGACGAUUAUAGAGACGAUUAUAGUGCGGCCAUCCGUAGAAUUAUUUCUACUCGUCGAUCCGAUUGCCGAAAUAACGGAUUUAAAUCUUCAGGGUUCCUCUUUUAGUCAUUUCCUCUCGCGCGUUACUCGACAAAGGGGUUCACGAGGGAACGACUUGGGUAUAUAUAAUAUUAUCUAUGUGCGUUCGAGAAUUCUUUUUGUUUUUCUUUUUCUUUAUCUAGACUAUUUUGUUUCUCUUUUUUUUUUCUUUCU